CGCUGGGCUGGAGCCCCGCCGACUUUGGCGCCGUCGUCGUCGUCCCGCGCUCCAGUCAGUCCGCUGCGCAAGGGGCCGAGGGCCUUGGUAGGGGCCGGCGCCAGGCGCGCUGCAGCCGACUCCCUCCUGGCGCCCACCGGACGCUGGCUGGGCGGGCGGGCGAGCUCCCCCUGUCGGGCGCGCCUCCGCCCCAAAAUGCCCGCCUGGGCGAUCCUGCCUAUCGCCUUGCCCGCCUUCAGCAUCACCGGCAUGUGGAUCGUGUGAGUAACCCAGGACGGGGCGGGAAGGGACCCUCACCAGCGGACCCGCGCGCCACGCUUCCAGCCAGCGGCGUUUCUGCCCCGAGCGGCUCUGGGGGCUCCGGCGCCGCCGGGGGGAGGCGAAGGUGGCGGGCUGCGCUGCGCUCCGGAGCCGUGGCUGCCGCUGCUUCUUCGCGGCUUCCCCUGGCCUGGCCUCUCCGCUCGGCCCUGCGCCCGCGAGCCUGCCCUCGGGACGGAGCCGGGGAUGGCCCUCGCAUCUCCUCGCACGGCCCCAGCCUCGGAGCUGCUCGAAAAAGCGCCUCCGCUUCUCCUCCACCCGUGCAAGGCGGGGUGGAAGUGAGCCAGUGCCAGUGGAAAGUUUCAGGGCUGAGACCUGUUAGGGUGGAGGGCAGCAUCGGCGUGGAAGGAUGCUUUGCGUGUCGUGUGUUUGUGCCUCGUCCGCCCGGAAAUGCGCCCAGCCUGCCACAUGUUUCCAGAGUGCUGCUUAUACAGUAGUGCGAUGCGCGCUCCUGGUGCGUGCCCGAGGUGUCUUCCCGACGACAUGCUUAUCAGGCAUUCCUCCGGAUUUGUUUUCGCGCAGUUUUUUUAAAAAAAUAAUAUUUAUUAAUUUUCCAACAGUUUAAACACAACACUACAAAAAAACACACACAUAAAAAACCACAAUACAAUACAAUACAAAAUCACUACAAAACACUAACACAUGAAACUAACAAAACAAAAACAAGACCCAUUUAAAACACAUCAAACAAUUUCAUUAUCUUAUCUUUCAUUCACUUGUUUCCACGACCUCCUCACACCUCCCUUUUUGUAUUCCACUUCUGUUAAUUGUUUCAGCAAUUCCUUUCCAUCUUCCUCUGUUUUCUAUCCUAUAAUUAUCUUAACACAUUCUAACCUUAUUUUUGUUUUCGCGCAGUUUUGCGCACGCGUUGGAUGACGCCCCGGGUGUACUGAGCACUGAUUCUGAUUCGUUUGGCCAGAGAUGUUAAGACAUUGCAUCAAAGCAAUGAAAGGAGAAAGGAGAUUCCGACAAAACAUCAGGAAGAACUCUCUGGUAGUAAGAGCUGUUGGACAGUGGAACGGUCUCCCUCUGGAGGUUGUGGUCUCUCCUUCCUUAGAGUUUUUUAAGCAGAGGUUUUUAAGUGCAUUUCUCCUCUGUCUCUUUCAUUUACAAAGUUUUCAGUGUUUGACCGGGAGUCAAUCAGCCACUGGUAAAUUCAGUUUACUUCAUCCUGCAAUUGGGUUAGAAUUGUGGAGUUGGAAGGGACCACGAGGGUCAUCUAGGCAAGGAAUCUCAGCAUGACAGAUGGUCAUCCAAAGGCAAGGUAACUGCUUUUUACAGAAGUGAAAGCCUUGCCAAAUGAAGGACUGGCAGAACAAGUGCAAACCAAUUAUAUGGCAAAUCAGAAGGAAUGACAAAAGAGCACCUCUAAAGGUGCUUAGGCUAAAUAAUUGAGACUUCUUUAAAAAUGCAGCUGUUAAGAUGAAAAAAGGUGCAAAGGGAGGGAGGGGCAUGGGGGAAAUCACAGAACAGCUGAAUAAAUCCUUUGCCCCUGCCUACAGGGGUUUAGAGACCCACAAGUGAACUCUCUCUCUCUCUCUCUCUCUCUCUCUCUCUAUAAUUAGUACUGCACUUAAGACAUGCAAAGGAUGGGGCUAUAGACAUUUUAGAAACUGGCAGCUUAAAACCCAGCUUCCCAUUGUCAGCUGGCAUUUACCCAAGGAGCUACAGGGGUAGUUGGUUUCUUACAAGAGUGGAAGGUGCUCAGCGUUCCACUGCCCAACUUCAGAAUUUUACAGGAACUCCUGAAGUCUAUACUCUGCAGCUGAGCUAUUUCAGUAGCUAUUGCGAUAAAAAAGCAUUGAUCUCAAAAGCCUAAGAAGGAGGAGGCUAGCUAAGAACAAGAUAUAUCCUAAGCCUCCAUUAAAGUUGGUUUGGCACCCUUACUCAACAAGCCUGAUUCUCCUCCCCCCCCAAACUGGACUUCUUGCCAUAAGAAAAGUGACAUGAAAAGGCACUGGAACGUGUGGCAGAACAAACUGCUUGACCCAGUGUCAUAUACCCUCCUGGAAAACAAAUGGGAGCAUAUGUUCGGUACGCAGCCGGUCACUGUUUAACCUCCCCACAAACUUUGUGCAGGCAAAAUUGUGAAGCAAUUGAAAGAUUUUCCAUAAGUACACUCAGUGUCUCUGUUUUCAAAUAACAAAAUCCUUCACACAGGUCCAUUACAGUCAGUUUGAGACGUUUUUGUAGCAAUGUGGGGUUGAUGAAGGAAGAGAGGUGGGGAGGGAGAAAGGAGAAAACAGAGAAAGAGGGGUGAAAGCAGAGAGGGUGAGGGACUUCCAUUAUUUACAUAGUGUAUGAGUGGAGAUUUUUUUGUCCGCAUCGCAUGGGUAGGUGUCUUAUUUUUGCUGGCAGAGCGAGUGAUCAGAGGGCCCAAGUUAUGGUUAGUUGCAGUUGACUGGUUGCAGGGUGUUUUGUUUGUGUGUGAGGUUAAGUUAGCCCUAUUGAUUCAUAGUUGUUAGGGCAGGGGAGGGGGUCAUUGUCUUGUUGGCCUUUGUAUGUGAUAAAGAGGAGCCACACAAGGGGGAAGGCCUCCUUCUUUGUUUGAUCCCAUGAUAGAUUCAGUCUGCUGAUUAGUGUUUCUAGUAGCGCUGUUUCCCAUGCAGUUUGGUACCAGUGGUCCAUGUUCACUGCCGAAAGGUCCCUCCAGUGUCUGGUAAAUAUUGACCCAUGCAUUUUCCCUUGCUCGGGGGUGCCAACUUGAAUAAAAUAUUGGGAAGGGCAGACAGGUAAGCUCCACCCCACAGAAUCUAUCACAAAACAUUGUACACAUACAAUAUUUGAAUGGCAGUGCCCAUCAACCGGGGGGCGGAGGCUCAAAUAUUUUAUUGGGGGCGGCUGAAAGUACCUUGGCCCCUAGGAAUUGGCUCCUGUGCCCCCCACCCUUUUACCCUUUCUGGGGGAAAUGCCCACAUAGUUUAAAACAACAACAACAACAGCAGCAGCAAGAACACCUUGUUGUCAAGAACCCUGAUAUUUCCUUGACCUGUUCAAAACAUUAAGCCCUUCCCUGAAAACAUGCACAGUCGCCAUUGUUUGCCUGGCUUGAGAGUAAAUCCUAUGGAUUAGUGGGAUUUACUUCUGAGUAAGCAUGCAUAGUGUUGGGCUACUGGUUUCGCCUGGGACUAAAAGAUCAAGCAACCUGUCUGGCCGCCCGGUGAUGGCUGCCUACCCUUGAUUGGUGUGUUUAGUUAGCAGAUUCUUCCAAGCUGAAUCACUUUCCAGGCUUCUUGUCAAUUCUGGACAAUGCAGGAGAGGCAGACGGUUGCCUCAAAACAUUUGCGGUGCCUCAGGCAGGAAAUCUGCAUUGUCAAAAUAUGCGGCUAAACUAAAUUACAACUGGCUGCCCUUUACAGAUAUUCCGUAAUGUGCUGCCUGAGGAAGGCUGCCUCAACCUGACUGAUUGGUAUCUUGUUGAAUCUGUCUUGUCUGGUUGUAAGGAGACUGUUGCCUGCCGUUCGUUAGCUGCAAGACAACGCGUUUGGGUUGUCUGGCUAGGGAGGGAGCAAGAUGCAAAUAUUCAAAUAACUCCAAGUAUAUAGGGACAUAGGAAGCUGCAUUUUGAGUCAGGCCAUGGACCGUCUACCUCUGUAUCACCUACACUGGCCGGCAGCAGUUCUCCAGAGUUUCAGAUGAGGAACAAAUAAUAAGCCCCCUCUCGCAUGAAAACCCAAGAUGGUUCCUGAAAUUCAUUCUGACUGGGCAGAUAAAAUAUAACAGAUAGAAUUUUGCAGGGUGUGUUGUUAGCGUGUGAAAAUGGUCAAGCUCCAAGGAAGCCCAGGCAGCCACCUCUAGAUGGUGGAGGCGCCAGGCGUCAUCCUGGCGCCCGGGCAUCUUCACUUGGUUGCAAGUGGCUGUUAAAGGUAAAGGGACGCCUGACCAUUAGGUCCAGUUGUGGCCGACUCUGGGGUUGCGGCACUCAUCUUGCUUUAUUGGCCGAGGGAGCCGGCGUACAGCUUCCGGGUCAUGUGGCAAGCAUGACUAAGCCGCUUCUGGCGAACCAGAGCAGCACACGGAAAUGCUGUUUACCUUCCUGCUGGAGCAGUACCUAUUUAUCUACUUACACUUUUAUGUGCUUUCGAACUGCUAGGUUGGCAGGAGCAGGGACCGAGCACUCACCCCGUCACGGGGAUUCGAACUGCCGACCUUCUGAUAGGCAAGUCCUAGGCUCUGUGGUUUAACCCACAGCGCCACCCAUGUCCCAAGUGGCUGUUAGCCAGGUGCAAAAUACGCCUGGCAAAUUUCGAACACCGUUCCUGGAGUGUUGGCUGCUGCCAUUCCCAGAUGCUGAGUAGAGUUUGCAAGAAAGUGGGCAAAGACUUCAGAAGGAUUCACAAAAGUGAGGAGGGAGCGGGUAGGUUGGAGCUUCGUAGGGCAAGGGAUUCGCUUUUGGCUUGUUAAUAAGCCAAACUACUCCCUGGUUUUUGGCAAGAAGCAACUUGGUUUAUUUCUGAGUCGGUGUUGAUACAAGCCAUAGGUGACUUGCCUAUCACUCCCGCCAAUAUACUGUGCUGCACGGCAUUUCUGGGGAGGCUGGCCAGAGGUCCCCUAUUUUAUGUGGCCAACUUGCAAGCACAAGCAGUGGAGGUUUAUGGCCUAGGUCCUAGGAGCAUGAGCGCCUGUGGGGCCAGUUUUGGAUGAACAGGUGCAGAUCUGUAUAUAUACUUUAGCGCACAUUGAAGAGGCACUGUGUUUCACAGGCUGGUUUUGUAAAAACCAAAACCAAAAAACCAUACCCUUUUGGACUGGCUCUUUUCGGACUGCUUUAGCUGGCAUGCCUCAUCUGUUCCAUACCUGCUUCUUACUGCAGAGCAUCACAGUUCCCUUAAAUACAACGGAGCACCUUAUUCCAGUGGGUUCCCUCCUUUGAAGCGACCCUGUUAAUAAAAGAUAACAAAAAAUCCUUGCGGCAGCUACUUUGUUGAUGCAACCUUAUUUUCAGAGUUGGUGGUGAGGUGAGACCUCUUCUCCCACUCCGGGUGUUUCCUUAAGAAAGGGCUUCUGCUCCCCCACCCACACUUCCCUUCUGUUGAUCAUUAGCUGUUGUUUAUUGUCUGUCAGCCCAUGUGACAGCACUUGUAUCUCAGCCAGUUUGCAUUAAUUUCGAGAACAGCGUUGCAUGAGCUACUGCCUCGAAAGCUCCUAAGGCAACCAGCAGGAGUUACAACGCUGGGAGUACAUGUCUGCCAUUUAAUUCUUCAGAAUUCACACGUAGUCAUGUCUUCCUGUUGUUUGGCUUGGGUUUGGCAUCUACCUGUGGAUAGCUCAGCCUGUAGAGCAUGAAUCUCCUAAUCUCAGGGUCAUGUAUUUGAGCCCCACAUUGGAGAAAAGUUUCCAUGCCUUUCUGGGGCUUGAAGUUGAUGACCCUCGAGGUCCCUUCCAACCUUGUUUCAAUGAUUAUCUACCUCCGCUUGCCAGUCUGCAAAGCAGAAAUACAAUGACAGCUUCCUUAAGCUGGUGGUUGAGGAUACAUAAGAUAAUGCAAGUUCCCAUUGGUUUGUGAAGAUCAGCAGGUGGUCACUGGCAACCUGAGCUUCUUCUCAGGAAUGCUACGCAACUGAAAUACAGUUUUGGGCUCCUUAGGGGAAAAGAGAUCAGGCAAGCUGUAGCAAGAGUGGCUUUGAUAUAGAACUGUUGCGUCCAGAAGAAGCAGAUGAUGAGCUAGGUUUGCAGACUGCACUUCCUUGCUUAUAGUGAUCCCAGGGUGGUUCCCAAAAUAUCACAAAAUAAAUAGCAGUUACAAAAAUAUACAAGCCCUGGGUUUGGUUUUGGUUAUGAGGUCCAUGCUUUUGUUGCAUUGGUGUGCUGUUCAGGGGCAAGUCAGGACAGUCCCUUCUGCUGCUUCAAGAGAGCUUCUGUUUUCUGAAUUGGCCUCUUUCAGGAUUAUGUUGAGUUCUACCUAAACAGAAGAGGCGCUCUGUUUCUCCCUGAUCUUGACUUCUGUUGUGAUACUCAUCCAGCUCUGUCCAUAGGUAUUGCAAGUUCAGAAAUGCUUGCAAAUCCUUUUGAUUUGUGUUUCUCUGUCUGAAAGUUCAUUGGGCUUUGCUGCAGACAGUACCAGCAAGGUCGCUUCCAGACAACCUUCUUAUCAAGCAUCCUGAUUUAUUUAAUUACCGGGGUGGUGGUGGUGGUGGUCCAACUAUUUAUUGAGCAUUCAUUCAGAUUUUUUGUUCACAGGGAGUUUAGACCAUGCUGAAUCAAGCAAAUGUUACCCGCUUCACUUUUCGCUGCGUUUUACUCUCACUUGGCUUUUCCACAAAAAGUCCAGUGUUUUGAGGAAGUGAGUUCAUUGCGCAAGGCUUCCCAACGAACAAUAAUUGCACAGCCUGAGUUCGCUAGUAUGCGUUUGAAUGCCACCCAAAAAUAUCAACAGUUGGGAAGCGCCCAGAAGAAACUAUGGGUGAAAGCUGAAGGUAUCAAAUAAAACAAACCCCCUCUGAGAUCAGUGUUUCCAAUUGGUUGGGCAGCUCUCAUAUCCUGUUGUGGGUCCUAGCCACUGAGGGUUAAGUCUUUUGGCGGGUCUUUUAUACUUCUCUUAGGGGCAAAAUCCAAAACUUUUGAUCAGGUAGCCUACAAUCCUUUUUUUCAAAACAUGAUUUAGAUCUUCUUGCGGGGGGGGGCAGUUGUGUAAAUAAUGGGUUUUUGUUUGGUAAUUUCCACAUACUACAAGAUCAUACAGGGCAAGAUCAUUUACAGUACAGUGGUAGCUCAGGUUACAGAUGCCUCAGGUUACAGACUCUGCUAACCCCAAAAUAGUACCUCGGGUUAAGAACUUUACUUCAGGAUGAGAACAGAAAUUGCACAGUGGUGGUGCGACGCCAGCGGGAGGCCCCAUUAGCUAAAGUGGUACCUCAGGUUAAGAACAGUUUCAGGUUAAGAACGGGCCUCUGGAACGAAUUAAGUUCUUAACCUGAGGUACCACUGUACUGGAAGACAAAGGCCAGGUCCAAAAAAUAUAUAUCAUGGAACUAGUUACAUGAGCCCAAGGGUGGGGUCUCAAACAGUAACCUCUUUUUCUCAUGUUACAUGUUAAAUUGGUUUUGAAACUUGAGUGCAUGAUGUACAGUAUGUAUUUUACAGAAAAACAUGGGUUUGACAAGAGGGUCAUGGACUCAGUUUUAAGAGAUUGUGAGAGACCCUCAUUGAAAUUCAAAUUUUGCUUUAAACCACAUUACUAUACCAUACCUUCCAACAUUUCUCUGAUGAAAACAGGGACAUCCCAUUCCAUAAUGACAAUUUUACUAUUUAUACCACCACACAUCUGACUGGGUUGCCCCAGCCACUCUGGGCAGCUUCCAACAUAUAUAAUAACAUAAUAAAACAUUAAUUUUUUAAAAAAACUUCCCUAUACAGGAUUGCCUUCAGAUGGCUCGGGGGUAGGAUAAUGUCAUACCCUCCUGGGCAGAUUUGAGGGUAAACCAUACACAGCACGGGUCUGCCCCUGUGGCUCGUUGGAAGUUGAAACUGCUUCACAUGUACUAUUACGUUGUCGUCUUUAUGAGGAUAUACGUUUGACUUUUAUUACACCUGUUUUGCAAAAGUCCAGGAAAGAAUCGGAACACCAUAGUCUAAAACUACUGCUAGAGGACAAGAAUUAAAUGUAGCCAAAUUCUGUGCGGCUGCAAUUAAUCGCAGGAAGCAAGUGGUAUCCCAUAAUGACCAAACCCCCAAAUGUUAAUUACAGGGGGCAUGCUAAUAAUUAAUUUUAAUUUUUUAUAUUUAAAUGCUUGUUAUACUCAUAUUGUCCUCUGUAUUUUUGAUUUUUUUUUUUUAAUGAUCUGUGAUAUUGUGUGUGUUGACGCUGGUCUGUGACCAUAUUAAUAAAUUCAUUCAUUCAUUCAUUCAUUCAUACCCUCCAAUAUUUCUCCGAUGAAAAUAGGGGCAUCCUAAGGAAAAGUGGGACACUCUGGGAUCAAAUCAGAAACCGGGACAGCUUCUCUAAAUCAGGACGUCCCGGGAAAAUAGGGACACUUGGAGGCUUUGCUGUACAAAACAGUAAAGGAUAAAACCAUAAAUAGAAGCAAUGGAUGCAAUGACGAGAAGGCAAGCAAAGCAGACUGGAUGCUAUGCUAUGCUUACACAAAGCAGGUUGGAUGAGGACCGUAGAUGAAGCCAUGGCCUUGUGAAAAAGGAAGGAGCCCUAUGCUUAGAAUUUUGAAUGUGGGCACCCAGCAACAGGAAGCCCCUACCCCCAGUACACCUGAGAAACCGCAGCUCCAGGCCCAGUCGUAGGGACCAAUUACAGCAUUUAGCCAAUUGCUAGUUUCUCUCGCAUGAUUCAGGACGUCUGUGGUUUCGUCUAGGCUCCUUCAUCCCAUCCAGCCACUCCAUGUUAAUUUGCUUGGCUGGCUGUGCCGGCUGCUUAUUAUACCUCAGCCGUAAAUAAUGGAAGUGUGGUUGGUAGCCUAGGGUGAAUGAUGCUUGUACGUGGCUGGGCAUGGUUUGGGCACUUCUUGGGGUCUUGCCCGCUGAUCCUACCCCCUGGAGAAAGCUGCUAUUUGAAAAAUAAAAUCUGUGAACUUGGCGUUGGCCAAAGCCAUUCUGACUUUGAGUCGUAGAAUUGUAGCGUCGGAAGGGACCGUGAGGGUCUUCUAGUCCCAACUUCUUGCAACGCAGGACUCUCUUGCACAACGCAGGGCUCAAACCCACAGCCCUGAGAUUAAGAGUCUCAUGCUCUACUGACUUGCACCAUGGUAGUGCCAGUAGUGUUGUCUUCCUGCCUUUGCCAGAGAGUGAAGGGAGCUAUGAGUUUUGUUUAGCGGUAGGAGCAACCAACCUUUAGAACUGGCCGAGCAGUCUUGGAUUUCUUGGACAUAUAAGUAAUAAGUAAGCAAAUGAAUGCUGGGACGCGGGUGGUUCUGUGGGUUAAACCACAGAGCCUAGGACUUGCUGAUCAGAAGGUCGGCGGUUCAAAUCCCCGUGACAGGGUGAGCUCCCGUUGUUCGGUCCCUGCUCCUGCCAGCCUAGCAGUUCGAAAGCACGUCAAAGUGCAAGUAGAUAAAUAGGUACUGCUCCGGCGGGAAGGUAAACGGCGUUUCCGUGCGCUGCUCUGGUUCGCCAGAAGCGGCUUAGUCAUGCUGGCCACAUGACCUGGAAGCUGUACGCCGGCUCCCUCGGCCAAUAAAGCGAGAUGAGCGCCGCAGCCCCAGAGUCGGUCACGACUGGACCUAAUGGUCAGGGGUCCCUUUACCCCUUUACCUUUAAGCAAAUGAAAGCUUUCCAUAAAGCUAUAACAUCAUAGACUGGGAGCUGCCUGUUAGUUCUUUAUUUAUAAAUGAUGUGAAUUUAAGCAAGCAGGUCCUUGCAAACAGAAUGUUGCAGAGUGUAUAAUUGGGGUGAGUGCUUGUGGUCACUUCAGACAACCUGUUUACUGAACAUCCAGAUUUAUUUGGACAAAGUUUGCAGGUAGGUUACAUGUUUAUUGAAUAUUCAUGCAGUUAAGUCAAGCAAUGGUUACCCCACGUUUUCCAGUACAUUUCAUAACCCCCUUUCUUAUUGCAAAAAGUCUCAUUUUUUGCAGAUAGGGGAGAAGCAGGUUUAUUACAUAAGAGCCCAAAUCCACCCUAAUUGUGCAAUGCCCACUUUCUGGUAUGAAUUGAAACCCACCCACGAUACAGUGACAGCCUGGAAGUGCCUGGUGUUUCCUGUUUUAGCCUGUGGUGAAGAGAGUUGAAAAAACACACACAACCCCAUGAAAAAUGGGUUGCGUGCUCUAAUUUGGCUCUUAAUUCACAAACAGUUUUGUUUAGAUUUUAAAAUCUUAAAAGUGCAACCAGUCUGCAUGCAAGUCAGCAAGCGAUUGAGUUAAUUGGGUUUGGCCUGGGAGGACUUCUGACGGUGGCGCUAUCUCAGGGAUGGAAUUUCACAGCGGGUUACUUUACAGGGCUUCUGAAAGCUGCCCUCCUUCUCCCAACAGGGUGCAACAGUAAACUAUAUUGGAGGGUUAUUCUAGGCUACUCUCAGCCCAACCUGCAAUGUGGUGGUUGGAGUGAAGGCCCAGAAUCCCUUGUGCUCCAUUUUGCCUUGGCAAGAAAGGUCACAUCCAGCAGCACGGCAUCAGUUGCUGACACGCCAGCGGGGUGGGUUCGCCAGCCUUCGCCACCGGAACGACCCCAUCCCCUAGUGGGGCUGUGCUGAGCCAACUGUCUGCCUGCACAGAGGGGAGCCCGGCUGGCCAACACGACCCUUGAUGGGCAGAGAGGAGCAUCAGGCCACUCUGCGGUGAGGGCACCUGGUUUGUGCCCGCUCAAAAAUUGUGUGUGCCCCCCGCCCCCCCAUGCCUUGCCCCUGGUCACGUCUCCCCUUGAAUACACAAAAGUACAGGGUAGGUUCAGGGACGCAGGUGGCGCUGUGGGUUAAACCACAGAGCCUAGGACUUGCCGAUCAGAAGGUCGGUGGUUCGAAUCUCCGCGAUGGGGUGAGCUCCCGUUGCUCAGUCCCUGCUCCUGCCAACCUAGCAGUUAGAAAGCACAUCAAAGUGCAAGUAGAUAAAUAGGUACCGCUCCGGCGGGAAGGUAAACGGCAUUUCCGUGCGCUGCUCUGGUUUGCCAGAAGUGGCUUAGUCAUGCUGGCCACAUGACCCGGAAGCUGUACACCGGUUCCCUCGGCCAGUAAAGCGAGAUGAGCACCGCAACCCCAGAGUCGGUCACGACUGGACCUAAUGAUCAGGGGUCCCUUUACCUUUUACAGGGUAGGUUCUGGCGCUACUCUAUCUCCCAACUUCCGAAAGGUGCCAAACUGACUGAUGUGACUGACUUGUGAAGAGCUGCUGCCUUGCCACUCUGGCAGCUCCUGCAAGGUGCUUCCCCUCCCUCAUCCACUUUUCCCAUUGUGUUUACUCUGGUGGGAUAUAAAUGACCUGCUACACAUGCUAUUAGAUUGUAAUUUUUAUCUCGCUUGGACUACUGCAAUGUGCUCUAUGUGGGGCUACCUUUGAAGGUGACCCGGAAACUACAACUAAUCCAGAAUGCGGCAGCUAGACUGGUGACUGGGAGCAGCCGCCAAGACCAUAUAACACCAGUCUUGAAAGACGUACACUGGCUCCCAGUACGUUUCUGAGCACAAUUCCAAGUGUUGGUGCUGACCUUUAAAGCCCUAAACGGCCUCGGUCCAGUACACCUGAAGGAGCGUCUCCACCCCCAUCGUUCUGCCCGGACACUGAGGUCCAGUGCCGAGGGCCUUCUGGUGGUUCCCUCACUGCAAGAAGCCAAGUUACAGGGAACCAGGCAGAGUCCCUUCUUGGUAGUGGCACCCGCCCUGUGGAACGCCCUCCCUCCAGAUGUCAAAGAGAAAAACAACUACCAGACUUUUAGAAGACAUCUGAAGGCAGCCCUGUUUAGGGAAGCUUUUAAUGUUUAAUAGGUUAUUGUAUUUUAGCGUUGUGUUGGAAGCCGCCCAGAGUGGCUGGGGAAGCCCAGCCAGAUGAGCGGGGUAUUAAUUAUUAAAUUAUUAUUAUUAUUACCAAAAAGUUUAAGCCCAUGCCUUUGCAUCCAAAUCGAAAGGUUCUGCUCACCUCUUAUUUUAGCAGGGGGCUGAAAUUUAGACCCUUCUUUUCUUUGUUAGGUUUUGACAGAGGCAGAAAAGGAUUGCCGUGCUUAAAAAAAAAUCAAGUGCAUACAAAUAUAUAUGCAAAUUGGGACUUGCAUUCUUUCUCCCACAGCCCAAACCUGGCUUCAUCCCUGUUUUUGGACACAGAUUUGCUGGCCAGCCUUUCUCUCUAUUAUUCAGGCAGACUGUUUGCAUUUAAAAAGAAUUAUUUUAAGCACCACCUGUUAGGGAUGGGCAAGGAUCUGUCAGUUUGGGCUUCUCUCGGGUUUUUCUCCCCUUCUCCGCCCCCCCCCCCAGUCUUCAUUCAGUUCACCAUAUUUCUGCAUCAGUCUGCGUUUUGAUUUUGAAAAGUGAACGCAAAAAUGUUUGAAUUGAUUAAUACUGCUGUUAUAUGCUAAGAAUGUGGAAUCUUAGAAAUUUGUGAUUUGGUGGACUCUCCCUAAACGUGCUGAUGGUUAUCAUGCCAAUUAACAAUGUUCAAUUACCGUAUUUCUCGCUCUAUAAGACGCAUCAGACCACAAGACGCACCUAGUUUUUGGAGGAGAAAAACAAGAAAAAAAAUAUUCUGAAUCUCAGAAGCCAGAACAGCAAGAGCGAUCGCUGUGCAGUGAAAGCAGCAAUCCCUCUUCCUGUUCUGGCUUCUGUGAUAGCUGCGCAGCCUGCAUUCGUUCCAUAAGGCGCACACACUUUUCCCCUUACUUUUUAGGAGGGAAAAAGUGAGUCUUAUAGAGCAAAAAAUAUGGUAAAUGGAAAGGACAGUCCUGUGGCUGCUUUAGCAGCAGUGGUGAGCAGUAGUAUGUGGAUUGCCUUUCUGCACGUUGUCCUGCUAACGCAGUGUGUUGGGGGGUCAGGGAAACCUUGGACCCAGGUGUCAAACACUGACCCCAGGCCUCACUUAUUUGGCCCUUGGGACUAUUACCAGGCCACACCCUCUUUCCCUGAGCGACACCCCCUUACUGGCCUUGGGCUGCAACCUCCUGGAGUGCUUUUGCCUGGUUGGAAUGUUUACUUGACCUCUGAACCUGGCUUCUUGCUUGUCUGGAUGGAGAAUACAGAGGGAUGUGCGACUGCGUCUAGAAACUAGCCUGCUGCACCAGGGUAGAAAAUUGUAUUCAUUGCUCCACCCACUUUUGGCCCUGACCCCACCCACUGCUGGCAUGUGGGCAUGGCUGCCCAGAAGCAAAUGCAGCCCUGAGGCUGAAAAAUCUUCCCUAAAAGGUUGCUAUCUAAGGGGUGGGGAGGCAUUUGGAGCCGUUUUGCCUGGGAUGCAUGUCAGACUCUUAUCACUAGACAAACACUGCCAAGCAGAUAGUCUGGCAGGGGAAGGAGCUGAUUCCAAGUGCAGGGGUGGCCCCCACCUUAGCUAGAGUGAGGCAACUGCCUCAGACAGACAAUGCUAUAAUAAGGCACCCCCCUCCCACUGCCUGCUAUUUCUCCAGAGUUCAUCAGCUCUUCCCUUCUGAUGGAGGACAGCAACACAUGCCAGCCCAGCUCCAUUAACAUGUGGACCCCAGAAUUUCGGAUCCCCCAAAACCGAUGCCAAAGCUUACUGCUGGUUUUCUGCCACAAACCCCGCGUUCCUUGCCGCGCCCCUCCCCCAAACCGAGUAAUUGACACAGCAAAUCGGGGUCACAAGUAAAUAGCCAAAAACCCAACGUUGUCCGUUUGACUCCAUACUGGUGCCAAAGCUGUGUGCUGGCUUUGUGCCACAAACCCCACUUUCUGUGCCAUCCCCAAAACUCUGUAAUUGACACUCAAAUCAGGGGCCACAGGUACAUCCCAAACAGUGUUCGAAACUCCCAUUGUUCUAGGUGUGUUUUGCGACAGGGAAUUUCAUUAGCACAAGCCGUUUCUGAGCUCUGGGCGCAGUACUGCACCUAAGAUUUCAGAUUAAAACUGCGGAGUGGAAGGAAAGGAGGACCUUUUUCUGCCUCCCCACUUCCAGCUACUCUCUGAAGACUGGAGAAGAGACCCUCUUAAGAAUAUUAGGGGGGUGGGCAGGGGAAGGACUAGACCAUGUGAAAAAUGAACCUGAUAUUUUAGCUGCUGUUUAUUCAUUUUCAGCUUUGUAUUAAAAAGCGCGCCUAGAUGUUCCGCUGUUGCGUCCAUAACCUCGGUUUCAGGUGCCAUUUAGCUCCUAGCUUUCAUAUCUCCAUAUCUAACACUGACCCCAAAGCCCAGGCUUGUCCGAUUGACUGCACACUGGUGUCAAAGUUGUGUGCUGGUUUGGUGCUCUAUCCGUAACACACCUGUUGCCUCCAGGUGUGAUGGAGGAUGCUACUCGGUUGCUUAGGCUGAACUGCAGCUUGACCCAGAUUGCCUCAGAAUCUCUACCACUUUAUAGAUGGGCAGCAAAGGUUAAGAGAAAUGACUUGCUGAAGGCUACGCACCGAAUCAGUGGUUGAGGAGGCAGGAGUUUGAAGACUGCCUCCCACCUUUGGCCCGAACACCUUGUUUACUGUGCAUUCUUAAUGGAGGCUUGAGCACUGGGGCUGCUCCUAGGCUGCAGAGAACUGAGAAGCAGUCGUUGGGUGUUUGAGGAGAGCAGACACGAUCACUUCUUUCACUUCUUUCUUUUAUUCCCUACAGGUAUGCCAUGGCACUGUCCAACAAUCACAUCUGCCCAGUCCAUAAUUGGUAAGAGUUCUUCCUCCCUUUGCACCAUGGCUUUUGUGGGUGGCUCUGCCUGUCUGUGUGGGUUUUCCUGGGCUGGUUCUAAUAUCCUUGCUCAUUUGCUUGCAUUCUGCUUCUAGCCAGAAGGGGAAAGACCUUGAUCUGGUAUUUCAAGCGCAAGAUGGUACGGUUUACUUAGACUCUGUGCUUGCAUAGUCUUUUCAUUUUUUCCCCUCAACCCAAAGUCGGCCGCCUAGAUGAUGUAAGUAGCUAAAGAACUCUAACUAUGAAAGCCUGAAGAUGUGAAAGUUUGCAGUUUUGCCAACGAUUGCAUGGUGCACGUAGUCCACUAUUUAAAGCACAAAGUCUACCCACCCACUGCAUUACAGGGUUUAAAAGUAAAAAACCACCACUUGGUGGUCUUCAUGCUUGUGGAGAAAAAAGGAGGCAUGCUAGACAGUUUCACCUUAAGUGGUGGCGAACCUCCAACCUGCAGGUAUCGUAAUUCAGAUUGUUUUGCCCAAGCCCUGCCCACUUUCCCUACACUUGAUGCCAUAUACAAUGAUGCCUGGUGUGGUUUGCAGGGAUCAGCCAUCCAGCCGGAGUGGCUUGAUUUCAAACUGUGCCAGCGAAGGGAGUGCAAUGUGCAGGUGGUGCUGAUUAGCAGAAUGCUGGCGCUUGCGAAUACGUGUGACUUUGCCCAUGUGGUUUGAGUUGAAACUGCAAGGGCGAAGGAAAAUGACAUUGUCCUGAUGUCAAGAGGAUUGACAGGUAGGUGGGCCCAGUCCUCCUGCCAAAAUGGAUUGAGAGACAUAAGCACUCACCCUCCUGGCUGGAAAAGGGACCUCAUUAAUCCUUAAAGGCUCCAAAUCCUAAAGGAAGGAGGGGCUGGAGUCUUAGUCUUUAUGAACCUGGAUAGCUCAGCUGGUUGGAGUGUGGUGCUGAUCAAUGCCAAGGUUGCAGGUUCUAUCCCUGUAUGGGACAACUGCUUAUUCCUGCGAUCACAGGGGGUUGGACUUAGAUUAUACUCAGGGUCCCGUCCAACUCUGUGAUUCUCUUUGUGGGAACUUUUAACUUCUCAGCAGGAUACGUCAGCAUCAUGAGGAACCAAUAGGCUUUCAUGGUGAAUAGAUCAAGUAGUUAGUAAAUAGAGACGCAACAUAGACUGGCUACAAAGCAUAGCAUGAAAACAAUAUUUUGACUCCCUCCUCUUCACUGCUUACAAACCUCCCUCCACAUUGAAGUAUUUAUUGUACAUAAGGAUACGUACAAUUUUAAUGCCCACAGUGUAGCUCCAUUUAUUAUACGAAAGGAAUGCCCUUUUUGACUAAAAAUGAAUAUAAAAAAUAUUGUUACACUUUCUAAGCUCUCCCCCCAUUUUAAUGUAGCACUUAAAAUUUUAUAGCAGGGUCCCAAUCAAUGGACAAUUUUGGGGCAGGGACUAAGGUUAUUUUUUAACCCAAAGCUGCGGUCGGGAUCAGAGGUUCAUUUAGAGGAGACGUGGAUAUGCAUAUCUCUCUCUCUGUCUCUCUGUGGGCCUUAUCUAAAAGAUUUCAGCCAGGAGUGUUUCCUAGCCCUGUCUGGAGCCACCAGAAAUUGAACCUAGGAACCUCUGCAUGCUAGGGACAAUUGCAUGCAUCCAACAGCUCUGGCAUCCUGCAACUUUAAAGGUCCUGCCUUGCACUUGGAACAGGAGGUGCACAGAGGAUCACCUUUCUUCUUACUCACUAGGACACCCCACCUUCCAAAGACCUACCAACCAGUUGUUGUUGUUGUUUAGUGGUUUAGUUGUGUCCGACUCUUUGUGACCCCAUGGACCAGAGCACGCCAGGCACUCCUGUCUUCCACCGCCUCCUGCAGCUUGGUCAAACUCAUGUUAGUAGCUUCGAGAACACUGUCCAAUCAUCUCGUCCUCUGUUGUCCCCUUCUCCUUGUGCCCUCCAUCUUUCCCAACAUCAGGGUCUUUUCCAGGGAGUCUUCUCUUCUCAUGUGGUGGCCAAAGUAUUGGAGCCUCCUUCCAGUGAGCACUCAGGGCUGAUUUCCUUAAGAAUGGAGAUGUUUGAUCUUCUUGCAGUCCAUGGGAGCCAGCUGCAAAAUGCUUGUGUUUAGAAUUAAACAAUAGGGUGUCUCCGAGAGCAUUCAGACCCCAGGAAUUUAUUUUCAGCACCAGAACUGAACUGGGCUCACAGUCCUUUGGCACAAAAGUCUACCCCUUGUUUACCUUCCUUCAUUUCAGCUAAGUUUGGUAGGAAAUGUUAAGUCUGUUUGUUGUUGCUGCUAUUGUUAAGAAAAAAUCAGGCUCAGAAAUCCUUGCUGAUCUGCAAAGUCCAUUCUACCAGCUGGUAGAAUCUACUGUCUGCCCCCCCCCAACUUAGAGAAUCCAGCUGCAGGGGGCCACCUGUGUGGACUUGUGUGUGUUGCAUUCCUUCUUGCUCUGUGGCUGUGGAGAGUCUGUUCCUAUCAGGGGAAGCAAAGAGUCACAGAAAGCUGCCCAGACAGAGGAUUUUAGAGAGUGGAAAUGGAGCAGGGCAAGUAAAUAUUAAGCGAGUGAGCAGAGAUCACAUGGAAAGUGGAGGAUAGUGAGGAAACAGAAGGAAGUGUACCAGUUGCCAUCAAGUCUUGAUGAACCAAAGUGUUGUGGCGUCACAUUUCAGCCAUUACUCUCUCCAACACCCUUUUCACAAAUUGUUGAAACUUUAUUCCUCAUCCAUAUCCCACGUGUUGCUCUCUGAACACAGGGGGCUCUUAGGAGCCCAGGUAGCUGCCUUCUGCUGACUGAGUCCAUUGGGCCAUCUAGCCUGAUGGGCGGCAGCAGCCCUCCAGGGUUCAGACAGGAGUGUUUCCUAACCCUACCUGGGAUUGAAACUGGGACCUUUCGCAUGCAUAUGCUUUAAGACAGGCAUCCCCAAACUUGGCCCUCCAGAUGUUUUGGGACUACAACUCCCAUCAUCACUAGCUAACAAGACCAGUGGUCAGGGAUGAUGGGAGUUGUAGUCCCAAAACAUCUGGAGGGCUGAGUUUGGGGGUGCCUGCUCCAAGAUGAGGCAGGUGGCAGCUUUGGGGUGCCGUCAAGGGCGGGAGAGUGAGAGACUUGUGCUCUUGGAGUCUCACACACGCUCAUGAUGGAAAUGGUGGUGGUGGUGGUGUUUUCACUUAGAUGUUCUACUUUGGGCACCAGAAUUCCUUGAGCUAGCCUUGUUUAUGAAUUGACCCCGUAUCCCUUGCAGGUGGGUGUUGGUAGAACCAGUUUCUAGAAUUGUUGGCAUCCGUGUGUCUUGAAAGACAAUGGAGUGCUCCACCGGGGGUGAAGUCAAACCGCUACAUUAGGAGCACCGAAGGGACCUUCCUGGGGCACAAUCCUGGGCAGUGUGCAUAGAGGUCCUGGGCUGCCCAAACAAGACCCCACUCUCUGGUCCAAAGGAAAGUAGAGCAAUAUGUUUGGCAGCAGCUUGGCUGCAGGAGUUGCCGGAAGGAGGCGUACAAGGCUCCAUGCAACCUUCCUAGGGUCCUCACUCCAGAUUUGUAUAGGGUUUACUCCUUAGCCCUGUCUUCUCCUGAAGACAUCCUGCAAAACAGAGAAGGUUUAGGGUCAGGGUUCUUCCUCUUCUAGAAGGGCUACUUUCCUAGGUAAAUAGGACCUAGUGAACAGCUUUUUCAGCAUUCUGUCAUUACGAAGCACAUAAAUUCUAUUCAGCAUAAUAUGAUGACAAUUUGUCCCCUCGGCUGAAAAUUUGGCAUGGGAAAUCUUCGUUUCCGCUGGAGAACAGUCAGUUUCUCUGGAGACUUCUCAUUUUUUUUGCUGCCGUGUUAUUUUAAGUCGUCAAAUAGCUCCAGUGGGAAAUGCCAGGAAAGUGAUCUCUGCUCCGUUUUUGUCAUGCUAGUUAUUUCAUAGAAUCGUAGAAUUGGAAGGAAUCCUGGGGGUCAUCUAGUCCAACCCUCUACUUUGCAGGCUGUGUCCCUGCUCCAACUAUUGGAGCAUUCGUCUAGCCUUAUUAAUUAUUAUCAUUUGAACAAAUGUGCCCCUGGACACCAAAAGGGUGGCUCAGCUCAGUUGGUUAGAGCAUGGUGCUGAUAAUGCCCAGGUUGCAGGUUCGAUACCUGUAGGGCGCAACUGCAUAUUCCUGCAUUGCAGGGGGUUGGACUAAAUGAUCCUCAGGGUCCCUUCCAACUCUACAAUUCUAUGAUUUCUAAAAGUUUAUGUUCAAUGCUCUUCCCACUUUUCCCUCUUUCCCCACCCACCAUUGGCAUGUGGAUACCAGAAAAUUGCCCAGAAGGAAGUGUGGCUCUCAGGCUAAAAACGGGCCCCCAAUUCCACCUUAACUAGUUAUAGGCAUGGUGGGGGAGGCUAUUUCUCACCGCAAGGCAGCUUGUGGAGCGACAGACCUUAUCCCUUCACCUAUCAGUAUGAUUCCCUCCCAUGCAACUAGAAGACACCAAUGAAUUGUCCACACCCCAGUCUAUUAUGUUUGACAGUUAGGCUUGUGCAGGGAUUCAGAUCUGGCACUGACUUGUUGGUUGUUGUUUUUUAUUUGUACAUAAAAGCCUUUAGAAUUAGUUUUGAUACAGCCAAUAUAUUUAUUAUAAAGGCUUCUGUUAGCUUCCUUUGAGUUGAAUUCAGAGCACAAUUCUGCCCCAUUUUUCGGCACAACUGCCCUUGCAUUUUUUUCAGAAGUAGUCAAGGAUGAAAAUUAUUCUGGAGAAGUUAACAGGGUGUGCUGGGAGAUGAGUCGGAAAGAUAGCAGAAUGUGUUUCUUGGAAGCUCUUCGUGGCCAGGCACUUCAGCCAAGAAAAAGACUUAUAUUUAGUUUGAUUCCGCAUUUCCAGCUGGGAAAUAGCUGAUAUAAAAUAUGGGUGCACAUACUUGCCCUGGAAAAGAAUCCACCAAGUUUUCUCAAUUGCUUCUGUCGCAUAAACAGGGGGGAAAAUUAUAAUAUUGAGCUGGGCCAAGAAUGCUGUGGUUUGGGGGAGGUCAAGGAGGGAGAGAGGAGGAAGGAGGUUGCCACUGUUUGUGUUCCUGCCUUUAAAUAAGUUCAGGGUGUAAACAAAAGAGCUUAGGAAGGAGAUGGAGAGACACCAAAUGUCAUCUGUCUGGUUUUGUGGGGAUGGGGUGAGGCUUAGGAGAGAAUUUGCCAUUUUAAACUGCACAUUUCUGAGCCGGUUCAAAUAAAAAUAUUUCCGGCAGUGCCUGUCUCUUGCUAGACUAGAACCUGAGAGAAAGGUAAAGGUAAAGGGACCCCUGACCAUUAGGUCCAGUCGUGGCCGACUUUGGGGUUGCGGUGCUCAUCUUGCUUUAUUGGCCGAUGGAGCCGGUGUACAGCUUCCGGGUCAUGUGGCCAGCAUGAUUAAGCUGCUUCUGGCAAACCAGAGCAGCGUACGGAAAUGCCAUUUACCUACCCGCUGGAGUGGUACCUAUUUAUCUACUUGCACUUUGACGUGCUUUUGAACUGCUAGGUUGGCAGGAGCUGGGACCGAACAACAGGAGCUCACCCCGUCGCGGGGAUUCGAACCGCCAACCUUCUGAUUGGCAAGUCCUAGGCUCUGUGGUUUAACCCACAGUGCCACCCGCAUCCCUGAGCUGAGAGAAAGCAGGGCUCAAAUUUUCACGCGGCCAUGAAGCUCACUUCAUUUAUGGAGGGGAAAAAGUGCGUCCUAUAGGGCAAAAAAUACGGUAGUUCCAACUCCUGAUAAGUUAGGGAAUCGGUCGUCUUAAAAACCAUUCAGCUGUAUCAUCUUAUUUAUUUACUGCAUUUAUAUCACACCUUUUUUACCGAGACCCAAAUUGCUUUAUUAUGUUUUAUUAUUCUUUGUGUGCUGUGUUUAAAACCCUAUAUAAGCUUUGUUACAAGUUUGCUCUGGGCAGUCUUUUCUAACUGGUUCUGCUGAACGAUUGGUUGGCAAGGCCGUCCUCUUGCAAUAGUUCCUAAACCAGAUCCCUAACUGGAUUCGCUGAUGCUUGCUGCAAUUCUCUUGGUUCCGUGUUUUAUUUAAAAGGUGUUCCCUCACCUGGGUAAUGAGCAGGUGGUGUAGAAGCCAAAUUCUUACCCCAUAUGGAACAAGUUGUUUUGGCUUUAACAUCUUGCAGGGUGAAAGCAAGUGUAGCUGGAGGCUUGGCUGUGCCAGCCUCGUCUUGGGAAGCUCUGUGUGUACAUAUAAUAAAUCCCUUCAUAUUUUACGAAAACUAUACCAUUCAGUAUUCCAUUAUUGCAACCAUCAAAACUUAUUUACACUGUUGAAUUUAUCUUAAUGCUGCCAGCGUUUUCAGCUGUGCACAGUUAUUUCCCAUAUAGUCAAUAAACGUUUUGCAAUCUUCUUUAAACAUUUCUUCUUCUUCUCUUAUUCUAUAUGUUAAGUCUGCAAGUUGUGCAUAUUCUGUCAAGUUGCCAUUCUUCUUUGGUUGGGACCUCGCUAGUUUUCCAUUUUUGGGCUAACAAGACACAGGCCGCAGUAGUAGCAUACAUAAAUAAUCUUUUUUGACAGCUGAAAAUUUCAGUCUGAAUUAUCUCCAACAGGAAGGACUGGGGUGUUGUUGUUUUUUAAAGUACUUUUGAACAAUUUUUUCCAUUCAUUAUGGAUCAUUUCCCAAUACUCAUUUACCCUUUUACAAGUCCACCACAUAUGAAAGAAUGUUCCUUCCACCUCUUUUCAUCUUUAGAUAUGAUGCAAAGAGAAUCUGCUUCUGUUUCUUAAUGCAUUUAAAAUUUAUUUCCCUCGAUCAUUCUUCACCCAUUCAUAAGAAAAGAAAUAGCAUUCUUAUAUUUCCAAAGGGGACUUUGGUGAAAUUCUCAUGCAUGGAGUGCAGGGUUUAUGUAUCUUUUGAUGUGGCCAAGGGAUUUUGCAGAUGUGUUUUUCUUCCAUUUACAAAUCAUCUCUCCACUGCAUUCUGCAGUGAAUGCCUGUCCCGAAAACCCCAUGAUGUCCUUGGCUGGGCUUUCUGGAAGCUGGAGAGGCUGUGCUCCUGACAGAUGUGCAUUGUUAAUUCUUCUUAAGGGAAGUCCUUUUCUCUUUUAAAAUACAUCAGUGUGGAAAGAUGGAUUAGAAAACAGGAAAGACUUAGGUUAAAAGCAAAACCAACAAAUGCGCCAGUCUCGGGGGCUUGGUAGCCAGCCUCCCUACCAGUUAAAGCCCAGGGAAAGAUGUCAUGGAGUAAUCUGGAAUUGGAGAGCACUGGAAAAAUGUUCAAUGGGAACUAAACACAAACACGAGACACGGGUGGCGCUGUGGGGUAAACCACUGAGCUUUGGGCUUAUCGAUCGAAAGGUUGGCAGUUCAAAUCCCCGCGACGGGGUGAGCUCCCCUUGGUCAGUCCCUGCUCCUGCCAACCUAGCAGUUCGAAAGCACGUCAAAGUGCAAGUAGAUAAAUAGGUACCAUUCUGGUGGGAAGGUAAACGGCGUUUCCGUACGCUGCUCUGGUUUCACCAGAAGCGGCUUAGUCAUGCUAAGGAAAAACUGUCUGUGGACAAAUGUUGGCUCCCUCGGCCAGUAAAGCGAGAUGAGCACCGCAACUCCAGAGUCGUUCGCGACUGGACUUAAGUGUCAGGGGUCCUUUACCUUUACCUUUAAACACAAACACACACCACCCUCGGCCACUUCUCAACUGGUAAGAUAAGGUCAUUCCUGCAGCCAUCAAAACGAUAAAGGAAAGCACACGUUAGUGAUUUGGACAAAGAAACAGAGGCCUCUUUCAUGGGGGAAAAAGACUUUCAAGAAACUGGAAGACCAGUUUCAGCAAGUCCGGCUUUGUUUCCUCUCCCCCCUUGAGGUUUCCCCCUUAGGGCAAAGCCACCUUGCAAUUUCUGGGAAUGGUUGCAUCCUCUGGCCAAACCCGUGCAUGAGUCAUGUCUAUUCCAGGGAAAGCGCUCCCCUCCUCUGGGCCAUUUGGAGUCUGUUGAACUGGUGGCUCACUUCCGCUUUCCAGAACCAGCCUCAGGAAGGCCUGGCUCUGUUGCCUUUGAAAGGGAGGUUCCCCACCUGUUAAGUUGUGGGCGAACAUAUCAGACGACACAGCGAUUCCUCCAAAGCAGCUCUUUAUUUGUAAGCUGGAACAGAACUGAACUGAGAAGCUCAGUCAGCCUGCUUAUAUAGAGCUCCACUAGAAUGCAACAGUAACCAUUUUCUGUAACUAGCCAAUCACUGAACGUCACUUUCGAUCCUUCAUUUGCAUAACUAUCUACAGUAUCCCCCUGCUGGCCCAGGGUGAGAACUUCAGUACAUAACACCACCCUCAUCUGCAUCUGAUCUGUACAGUGGUACCUCGGGUUACAUAAGCUUCAGGUUACAGACUCCGCUAACCCAGAAAUAGUGCUUCAGGUUAAGAACUUUGCUUCAGGAUGAGAACAGAAAUCGUGCUCCGGUGGCGCGGCAGCAGCAGGAGGCCCCAUUAGCUAAAGUGGUGCUUCAGGUUAAGAACAGUUUCAGGUUAAGUACGGCCCUCCGGAACGAAUUAAGUACUUAACCCGAGGUACCACUGUAUUUCCAAGAAGGCAUCCGAGGAAAGAGGAGCAUUUGUUUUGUUUUUUAAGAGCUUCCAGGAGUGCUAAACCAGUCCACUAUGCUGGGGUUAUUUGCCCGACACAGGGCAGUAUCUAGGCAAGUUUUAAAACGCCAAGCUUCCAUCAAAAUGGUCAUGUGAAGAGGAAAGCCCUUGUGGUACAGGGGAAAAUGUCAGUGUCAGCACCGGGCAAGCUUCACUUGGGAUAUCAACCAAUGGUGAACUGAAAAGACUUCCCUAGUUGCCACCCUCCGAACCUCUCUGGGAGGGACACACAGAUAAGGGUCUCAGACUAGGUUUAUAUGUUUGAGAAGUCUUUGGGUCUUCAGAAUCCAGCCUUGUCCCUAAUAUUGUUGCUCUCCUGUUGCAUUCAGUGGUUGCAAAUUUGAAAAGAGCUGCUCUUCACAGCCAUUCUUCAUGGGGAUAGAUAUAAUGUUUUUAAACAAAAAACUGGGAUUCUAUGAAUUCCAUACUUGCCCAGCUUUUGUGUGGCAUUGCAGAAUAUCUGUCCUUCGGAAUAUAUAUCUAGUUGGUGAGUAUGCUGCUUCCUGGUUCUUCUUUGUAUUCUCUGUAUUUGGGAAAUCUACCGCACCUGUCCUUCUUUGUUGCUGGCCCAUAGAAUUUGAUGCUAAGUGAUAUUUGGGGGAGUUUGGGCCGUUUCUAGACAGGAUGGCAUCUUUCUGAAUUGACCCAAACUUAUUCUUCUGUUAUUCCUCUUUGGGGGAAAAAAAGAUUUAAAAAAUUGUUUGGCUUGUUUAGAGGUGCAAAGCCUUCAUGUAAUACGCUCUGCUUUCCUUUGCAGGAUUUAUAAUCAAUCCUGUGAGCUGGAUAGCCCUAUUUCCUGCUGUACGUUGGAUCAUAUCCCUCUUGUCAGGUAAGGAAUGCUAUUCCUUGCUCCCUGGGGCAGGUUGGUGGGAUGUGAGAUUUCAGCCUUGCAGGCCAGGGAUGUGAGAUUUCAGGCGAAAUAUAGCCCUCCAUUCCUAUCCAGCUGGGCUUCAGGACUCUCCCCCGGCCACAACUUCUCACCAGCCCAACUCUGCAUCCUCCUCACAUGCUUUUGCCUGGCUGGAGUGUGUCCUUAAAUUGUACUAUUGCUUGCUUGACCAGAUGAUUGCUGGGGCUUGUAAUAAUAAUUUAUUUUUUGUUCCCUGUCCAUUCGACGAGGUUGCCCCAGUCACUCGGGGCUUCUUCCAGCAGAAUAUACAAAAGCACAGUAGAACACCACACAUUAAAAGCUCCCUGAUACAGGGCUGCCUUCAGAUGUCUUUGAAAAAUUGUGUAAUUGUUUAUCUCUUUGACAUCUGGUGGGAGGGCGUUCCGCAGAGGUGCCACUACCGAGAAGGCCCUCCGCCUGGUUCCCUGUAACCUCCCUUCUCGCAGUGAGGGAACCGCCAGAAGACCCUCAGAGGUGGACCUCAGGGUCCAGGCUGAACAAUGAGGGUGGAGACACUCCUUUGGGUAUACAGGUCCAAAGUCAUUUAGGGCUUUAAAGGUCAACACCAACACUUUGAAUUGUGGUUGGAAACGUACUGGGAGCCAAUGUAGGUAUUUUUGAACUGGUGCUAUAUGGUCCUGGCUGCUCAGUUUAUAAAAGCCGUAAACAUAUUUAUAAAAGACGUAAGCACAAACAGUUGGGCCUGGUGAGCACUCAGUGUUCCCAUCUCCUAUAGUUAUAAUCCGUGGGUUGCAUCUGAUUUUAUUCUGCUCCAAAUUUGAUUUUAAGCUGUAUUUUAAUCAAUUGUUUGGUUUAUGCUUUUAAUGUAUCAUAUGAGCCCAGUCCUGGCUGGGGAGGGCGGGGUAUAAAUAAUUUUUUUAUUAUUAUUAUCAAAGUGCAAUUAACAACACAUUAUAAUAAAUGAAUCUUUGAGAAAGGAAAAUAUAAUGUGGCUGUUGCAUGCAAAGAUUAUAAUAUGAAAGAGUAAAAUUAAUUACAAUUGAAACACUGCUGAAUUGUACAUUGCCCAUCCUUCCUUAUUUAAAUCUUCCAACAUAAUCUUAGCUGUCCUAACUACAUGACCUUUUAGUUCUCUUAAGAGUUUAUUUACCAGGCCCGAGUGAAAUUCCAGGCUAGAAUAUAAGAUCCAGGAAAAUCUGAACAGAAAACUUUGUUUUCAUGCCACAGUGGGGACUAAGGCCUCAUGUGUUGCAGUAUUUGGGGUGGCAAAAUUCCCCGGGACUGUUCUCCUUAUCUGGUCUUAUGAGAUAACAUGCUUUGAUACCUUCUCAAUGUUCUCCCCUACAGCAAGUGUGGUACAUUCCCUCCAGAGAGUUGCUUCUUCAGCCUGAUCUGCAGCUUGGGCUCGUUCAUGGGUGAGUCGGUUUGUCCCCAAGCAAAGGUUUGGAUUUCUUUGUAAGAAAAGAAGUGUUAGAGAACAAAAUAUAGUGGGGAAAAAUGGGAAAUUGUGAAGGAGUGGAAUGGUCUCCUUCUGGAGGUUGUGGACUCCUUUCUUGGAGGUUUUUAAGCAGAGGUUGGAUGGUCAUCUGUCAUGGAUGCUUUAGUUGAGAUUUUGGGCCCUGAGUACUGUAGCUGUUUUGCUGGUGGUGCUGGCAUGCUUUGAAAUAGAUAGAUAGAUGAUUGAUAGAUAGAUAGAUAGAUAGAUAAGCCAAAGGCUAGGAAUAUCUUUUUCUCUUAAAUGAAAAAAGAGAUUUUUAGGCAUUAGCUGCCUCAUAUAUUUCGUAUGACGACUGGACCUAAUGGUCAGGGGUCCCUUUACCUUUACCUUUAUAUUUAGGGACGUGAGUGGCGCUGUGGGUUAAACCACAGAGCCUAGGACUUGCCGAUCAGAAGGUCGGCGGAUUGAAUCCCCUCAAUGGGGUGAGUUCCUGUUGCUCGGUCCCAGCUCCUGCCAACCUAGCAGUUCGAAAGCACGUCAAAGUGCAAGUAGAUAAAUAGAUCCCGCUCUGGCGGGAAGGUAAACGGCGUUUCCGUGCACUGCUCUGGUUCGCCAGAAGCGGCUUAGUCAUGCUGGCCACAGCCAAUAAAGCGAGAUGAGCGCCGCAACCCCAGAGUCGGUCACGAUGGACCUAAUGGUCAGGGGUCCCUUUACCUUUAUAUUUCAUAUGAGUUGCAAGAACUCAUUUGGUGGGGCAUCAACGCUCUUGCUCUUUUUCUGGCUUACGAUGGGGGCAAAAAUGCCGGUCUUGUGUGCAAGUUAGGUGGAGGCUUUUCAGUCAAUGGUUGAGGCUGAUUCUUGCUUCCUUUUCCUAGUGAUGCUGGUUGGCCUGCUGCGAUAUGCGCACGUUAUAGAGCAUUACGGCUCUUCCCUUCUCAACACUUUGGGGCUGGCUUUAGGCUGGAUCUGUGCAGCUGGCCUCAUUAUGGUGGGCAACUUCCAGGUAAGACGACUGACUCCACUGUUUGUGUAAAGUGUGGUAGGGAAUCUGUGGCCUUCCAGGUUUUGUUUGAUCGUAACUUUUAUCACCCCUGCCCAUUGGCCAUGCUGGCUGGGAAUGUUGAGGGUUGUAGUCCCAGAACGUCUGAAGAUACACAAACUUUCAGUCCCUGAUAUAAAGCCUUAAGAUAGGAGAGGGCAGUUUAAUAAUAAUAAUAAUAAUAAUAAUAAUAAUUUUAUUUAUACCCCGCCCUCCCUAGCCAAGGCCGGGCUCAGGGCGGCUAACAAGCAAUAAUAAAAACAAGUUGAAUGAAUACAACUUAAAAACAAGAUUAAAAUACAACAUUAAAAUAUUGAAACAGUAAAAUAUUAAAAUGUUAAUAUUUGAGUUUGAGUUUAAAGAGGAGAAUGCAUGUCUCUUAUCUAGGAUGCUCUGCUUUUGAGUAUCACACAGCAGUGGCCUUAAUUACCUGGUCAUCUUAUGCUUAUAUGAGCACUGUAGAGAUAUUUUAUGUUAUUUUUAGAUAAUUUCUCUGUUGUGUUAUCACAGAAUGAGUGGGGUGAGAUGUUAAAGUCAAGUGGCAUGUCUGUAUUGCAGGAGAUAGAUUGGGGAUUAAAUCUGUAGAUUUAAAUUAAAACGUUAUCCAUGUGUGUGGGAGAAAUACAAAAGUAAGCAUGCUGUGAAACCUUUUUACUGGGGUAAAACACUUACAUGUUUUGUGGCUUACUAAGGUUUAGAAAUUACACAAUUACACCUUUUAAUCCCUUUUAUCUGUGGCCUGCCGACCCCCCGUUGCAGAGAAUGAACCACACGUUUUUAGUAAGAUAAACAAAAAAGGCUUACUUACAUUUCAAUUCAGGCAGCAAAUGGAACAUAAGUAAGAAAACUUCUCAGGUACAAAUUAUAAAAAGUUGGCUUGAAAAUUGACUGUGUGUCUGGAGUGCCUAGACACGUCUGAUCAUUUUGGAAGCAUGGUGGAUAGAGAGUUUCCUCAGAGGCAGGAGAUAGUAUCAAAGGUUAUCUUCUUCGUUACUGAAUUCCCUCCCAAAGGAGGCAGGGGAAGUGACCUCACAGAAGGCCCUCUCUAGGAAGUUCAAUAACUCUCUGUGUAGUAGCCCCGUGCUUGUCUAGCAAAACAUGCAUUUGUGGUUUGGCUGCAAACCCCACAUAUAUGUGGCAAAACUUCACUAGUGUUGAGCCUAGGGAUAGGAGUGUCAUCAUUGGCACUAGGAUCCGUGGAGAAGGAAGCCAUCGUAGCAUGGUUAACUCUAGUGUCAGACACUGGCAGACUUCCUGUGCUUUUAAUAGACAUUUAGAUAAAUUUAUUGUCAUUGUCCGUAUAUACACAGUAUACACAACAACGAAAAUCAAACACCCACUCGAAGACCGGGUUCACAUACACAUUUGCACGUAUCUCCAACACUCUCAUCCUAUUCAGACAUAAUCUAUAAAAACAUAUCAUACUCCAGAAUGUAACAUAACCUAUUAAAAGCAUAACAUAACCUAAAAACCUGUCACAUUCCUUCCUACUCCCUGCUUGCUAUUCCUUGCAACUGGCCCUGAGAUCAUUAUUUAGUGCAAUCAGAGCUCUUGGAUAGAAACUAUUCAGAAGGCGUGUGGUUCGUGUUUUCAUUGUCCUAUAUCUUCUGCCCGAAGGCAACAGUUCAAAGAAGUUGUGAGCAGGAUGGGUGGGAUCUCUCAGGAUAUUGUGUGACUUCUUCAAAGUGCGAGACGUGAAGAUCUCAUCCAGGGUUGGUAGUUGGAGCCCAAUAACAUUCUGGGCAAUUUUAAUUAUUCUCUGUAAAGCUUUUUAUCCGUUUCAGAGCUGCUCCCAUACCACGAUAAUAUACUAUAUGUUAAGACACUCUCGAUGGUACUGUGAUAAUAGGACAGAAGUAGGUGCUGAGAUAGAUUCAGUCCCCUGAGCAUUCUCAGGAAAUACAACCUCCCCUGCACCUUCCUCACAACCAUAUCCAUAAUAGUCAUGGAAAAGGAGAAUUCUUCCACCUGUGGCAUUUUCUCUCACUGCCGCAUUGUGACCUGGCAAUUUUAAGGGUGCAACAAAGGUCAAGGAGCAGUGUAGGAAGCUGAAUGCCACAUAUAUUUAAACCCGCCAACCAAUUAUUUGGCUGCAGGUGUCUUGUAAAUUUAUUUAGCGGCCUGGCUUUAUUUGCUACUAUAUUUUUAGUUCCUUUUCUCAUAAUUCCUAAUAUUGCAUUUGCCUUUUUCACCGCUGCAAGACGCUGAAUGGAACUUUUCAUUGGGCUGCCCUGCCAAAACUCCCUCUUUUGUAGGUAGCCACAGCCCCAUUGGCUCUGAACCACAUGGCCUGAAUCAAACCAUUGUGGGUCAGACUAGACAUAAAGUGGAAGCUUUGUAUUUGGAUCUCCUAACACCCCCCCCCCGAAAAAUAUGUGAGGGCAUUUGGGAUUAAAGUCAGGGGAGGGGGGUUAACCCUUCGCCCCUGCACCGUGGCCCCAGUUUCAACACACUCCCCAAUCUGAUAAGCUGCGGAGGGGGAAAACCCAAAAGUUUUCCCUCUCUGUAGCUAGUAGCAUAUUUGGACGUGGGGGGAGAUGGAUUUGGAGUUGCUUUGUUAGAAAGCAAAGGGUCUUUGGAUCUCCAGAGAUAGAGCCCCCGCUUCUGGUUUAGUUUGACACUGUGGCUUACACCAGGGAUGUCCAGCAGGUUGAUCGCAAUCUACUGGUACAUCCCCACAAGGUUUUGGUAGAUCGCGGGUCAAUCUCUGGCUCCCUUUCCUGAGUGUCAUUGAAAUCGACUCCUGUCCCGCCACCUCGCCCAGCCCUCCAUUGUUGUCUGAUCAGUGGAAGGGAGGACUGAGCUUUCUCUCUGUCGCUGUUUUCAUUCAAAGCAAUAUAAUUGUUAUUAUUGUGAGUGACUUUUCCCCUUCGAGCCUUGCCUUUAACCCCCCCAAAAAUGGAACUUUCCCCCUAAGAAAGUAUAUGUAUAAAAAACAGGGUUUUCCUCCUCCGUAAAAAAAGCUCAACAACUUUGACCUGAACCCCCCAAAAACAGGGGUAGAUCAUUUCCAGAUUUUAAUUCUGUUUUUUUUUUAAUGAUAUUUAUUCAAAAUUUCAUCAAUACAUAGACACAAAAAGAAAAACAAGAAACACAGAGGGGAAAAAAAAGAAAAAGAAAAAAGAGGAAAAAUAUACAGCAAAAACAUAAAACAAAAGGAAAACACCCAAAAAAGAAAGAAGAAAGAUACAAAUCUCAGAUUGCAACUUUUCAUUUGCUUAAUUCUUGAACCUCCUCACACCUCCCUUUUUGUAUUCUAGUUUAGUUCGUUAUUUCAGCAAAUUCUUCCCAUGUUUCUCAAUUUUAAUUUAAAUGAUUAAUCUUCACAAUCUCUCUUAUUUAUUAAUCAAGAUAACCUUUCCAUCUUUUAAUACAGUCUGUUAUUCAAUUUACCUUAAUCUCUUUAACCUUAUCUUAUCUUAAAAAUCUUAAAAUUUCAAAAUUUACAUCCUAUUCAUACAUAUCUCCUUAAAAUCAUUUCUACUAAAGCCAGUUUAAUUCCUUUCCAGCAUAUUCCCUCAAAUUUCAUUAAUGUUGCACUAAUUCCAAAAUUAACAAAAGAAUUUCCAGAUUUUAAUUCUGAAAGUAGAUCGCAGUCUCUCGGGAGUUGGCCACCCUGGCUUACACCAUUGCAGUUCCUCUUCUGGCACAAAAUCAGCUGUUCUUGAUAGACCCCAGUAUCUGCCGCUGCUCACUCCCCCUAGAGUUUAAUGAUGCCCAUGACUGCUUUAGCGGUUUGUACUAAAUAAGCUAGGAUGGCAGAGCAGCCGCAGUGGUUGUUUUCAUGGUGCCCAGGAUGCAGAGGGCAAACAGAGCCUGCCGUGUGCCAGCCCAGCCCUUGCCGCCGGUGCCACCAGAGCAACACCAGCCCAGUAGGCUGGGACCUGGGGAGGGCAGUGUGAGGAUGCACCAGUCAUGUGUCCUUCAACCCCAGCCCCUCGAUGGCAAGGCUGGGAUCGAAGGGCGCGUGGUGUCCUUCUCAUGCUUCCCUUCCAGAGCUUUGCAAAGUGUCACAGGGCUCGGAGAGGGCCACGUGAGCCACACGCCCCCCAGAAAAAUGUGCCUGGGGCAAUCGUCCUGGCAGAGCCCCUCCCCCACGCUACGCCCCUGGGAUAGAGAAUCCCUAGCAGGAAUUGACUGGGAGACGAAAUGUUAAAAGAGUGUCCCUAGACGUCCCUGGAUGUCUGCAGAUGAUGUCUCUAGAACAUGAUGUAGGUGUUUUUAGGCAUUUUCUACAUUUGCACUCAGAAGGACGCGGGUGGCGCUGUGAGUUAAACCACAGAACCUAGGACUUGCCGAUCAGAAGGUCGGCGGUUCGAAUCCCCGCGGCAGGGUGAGCUCCCGUUGCUCGGUCCCUGCUCCUGCCAACCUAGCAGUUCGAAAGCACGUCAAAGUGCAAGUAGAUAAAUAGGUACCACUCCAGCGGGAAGAUAAACGGCGUUUCUGUGCACUGCUCUGGUUCACCAGAAGCGGCUUAGUCAUGCUGGCCACAUGACCCGGAAGCUGUACGCCAACUCCCUCGGCCAAUAAAGCGAGAUGAGCGCCGCAACCCCAGAGGUGGCCACGACUGGACCUAAUGGUCAGGGGUCCCUUUUCCUUUACCUUACACUUGCACUCAAAGUUUCCCAGCAUUUUGUGACACUUGGCUUCCUCCAGCAGCCUGGCAAGCGCUUUCUUUUCCUUUUGUCAGUUGCUGAGAGGCCUGGUAGCUGACCUGGGGGCAAUGGGAACCUGCUGCACCCAGAGGGGCCAGGCAUAUUAACUGUGUCCUUGUGUUUGCUUUCCCUUCGUUUGGCAGUCGUGCUUUGGAUGUUUGCUGUGUCUCUGUGAAGAGAGGAGAGGGAGGACGGGGCUGCCUGAGCAGCUGAUGCUUUAUUGCAGUGUCUGGCUUUCUCUUCCUGCCUCUGACUAUUCUUAACGGGCGUGGAGGGAUGUCUGUUCAAAGCCGAAGGAGCUGGAUCUGCCAAGGCCCGACCCCUGCAAAUCAUCCUGGCAACAAGCUCUCUGUAGCAACUGGCUGCGAAAAAUGGAACCAGAGAAACAUUCUCAUUCUCCUGCACGUGUAGACUGGGCAACCUAAUUGGUUGUGUACUGCUGGGAUAGCUCCGUCAGUAGAGCAUGAGACUCUUAAUCUUAGGUCGUGGGUUCGAGCCCCACAUUGGGCCAACAGAUUCCUGCAUUACAGAGGGUUGGGUUAGAAUCAAGGGUCAGCACACUUUUUCAGCAGGGGGCUGGUCCACUGUCCCUCAGACCUUGUGGGGGGGGGCGGACUAUAUUUUGGAAAAAAAUAAUGAACGAAUUCCUAUGCCCCACAAAUAACCCAGAGAUGCAUUUUAAAUAAAAAGGCACGUUCUACACAUGUAAAAACACGCUGAUUCCCGGACCGUCCAUGGGCCGGAUCUAGAAGGUGAUUGGGCCGGAUCUGGCCCCCGGGCCUUAGUUUGCCUACCCAUGGGUUAGAUGACCAUCGGGGUCCCUACUGUUCUGUGACUGCGUGUUUUGGAUUCCUCAUCAGGCGCUGCUUCUUUCUCCUAGGUGGAUCAUGCUAAAGUUCUGCACUACAUCGGGGCAGGUGUGGCGUUCCCUACCAGCAUGCUUUUCAUAUUCCUUCAGUCCAUCCUGACGUACCGCAUGGCAAAAUCCAGAGGACAUUACUGGACUGGGCAUCUGCGCAGCAUCCUGGCAGCCCUGGCUUUCAUCACCCUCAUCUUCAGUAUCCUUUCUGCAUCAAUGUGGUUGGGUUUUCUUGGGGAGGGGUGUGUGGAAUAGAUGUAUCCAGAGGCAAAUAGGAGUGAUGGAUCAGAUUGAAUUAGAGUUUGGCCAGGCGAGCCGAGGCAGAGACUGGAGAGAGGUCUGCCUGGCUAUAAAUAGGGCCCUUAAUGCAUUUGGGUUGUGGAAACAGAAGGGCCAGACUGCGUAUUAAAUCAUGUAAACGUUGACUCACAGCUACAUCUCUUUGGGAAGAGCCAUGCGCUUCCCCUAAAUUGCAGGGGUCAGAGUCACAUCGAGAAAAUGGAGCAGAAUGAACGGGUGAUAUCCUGCCCCAGCCCACCCCACCCCUACUGCUGAGGUCCUAGUGCAAUUGAGGAGGUGCUGUGGUUGAAUUUUUAAGAAAUGUAAAUGGGACGCGGGUGGCCCUGUGGGUUAAACCACAGAACCUAGAACUUGCCGAUCAGAAGGUUGGCGGUUCGAAUCCCCGUGAUGGGGUGAGCUCCCGUUGCUCAGUCCCUGCUCCUGCCAACCUAGCAGUUCGAAAGCACAUCAAAGUACAAGUAGAUAAAUAGGUACCGCUCCAGCGGGAAGGUAAAUGGCGUUUCCGUGAGCUGCUCUGUUUCGCCAGAAGCAGCUUAGUCAUGCUGGCCACAUGACCCAGAAGCUGUACGCCGGCUUCCUUAGCCAAUAAAGUGAGAUGAGCGCCGCAACCCCAGAGUCAGUCACGACUGGACCUAAUGGUCAGGGGUCCCUUUACCUUUACCUUUAAAUGGGUGAAAGAAACUGCCGUGAACCUCCAGCGACUCUUCCAUUUGGGCCCUGGAAGACUCAUGCUGGAAAGGGUGUGCAGUUCUGUGAUGGACUUAAUAAUAGGUUCCUUAUGGAGUCCACACUCCAGCUCCUUGCAGCGUGAAAGCUUCAUAGUGCCUGCUAUAGGGGGUCGGGGUGGGGGGAGGAAUUGGUUGGCUGGGAGAGGAAAGAGGGGCCAGGAAGUACUGGACUUGUGGCAUUUCUGAGGAAAGGACAAGGAGCAGUAGAUGGAAUGUGCAGAGAGCAAUAGGUUUGGGCUAAAUAUUACCCUAAACCUCCCUGGAAAGUUACAAGGUGCCUGCCUUGGGAGAGUUAAAUAAACAAAGGCGAAAUGAGGUUUUAUCAGGGUUGCUCAAGACUGAAGGCAUCCUACCCCGGGGGUGGGGUGGGGGGGUUGUAUGGGAAGAUGCAUUAGAAGUCCUUCUUUCCUCAGAAGGUGAAAUCACAUGUUAGCAGAGUUCAUUGCUGCUUUUUAGGGGUUGUUAUUGUUUUCGCAGAACACCAGCUGACGAGAGAGCAAUUUGAAAGAGGCCGGUGCGGAGGGGCUUCUUAAUAUUUUCCUCUUGGGCUGUUUUGCAGCUGAAAACUGCAUCCUAGCCGCUUUUAGCCCCACUGGAGAAAACCAAUGUGCAUCUCAUUGUUUCCCCUGGCCAAGGGAUAAAUGGCUGGGGGGGGGGGGAUUUGUCACUGGAAAAGAGGCUACAGUGUGGAAGUUAAGAAGCCUUCCUCCUCCUCUGACUUCCAACUUGCAGCCACAUUUUGCCAAAAGAAAAAAUCUCCCUAAAAAGGGAUCUUUUUGCUCCCAAGAUAAUAACCCUAUCAAUAGCGGUUGUUUUGGGCGACUGUUGGUGAGUGGGUGGGGAGGGGUAAUACUCAGAAGGGUGGUGGAAAUGGGUGUGGUAAACCUGUUGACGACCGUUAAGGACUGCAAUUGGUUUUACAGGAAAAAGCAAGGGGUGAGAUGGCUAAAAAUAGCUUUAUCAUGUAUAAUAAGAGGAGAAUCCAAUGCCUCUAUUCAGACCAGGUCUCUCCAUGGUUUUAAGUUUGGUAAUAAGUUGCAAUUCAGCAACUUCUCUUUCCAGUCUAUUUCUGGUCUUGUUAGCUAGGGAUGAUGGGAGUUGUAGUCCCAAAACAUCUGGAGGGCCGAGUUUGGGGGGGGUGCCUGCUGUAGAUAUUUAAAAAGUGGGGAAUAAGUAGCUAAAUACACUUGACGUGGCACAUCUUUUCCUGUAAAUGUGUAGUAGCAGGUUCUAGGUUGUUCCAGUUCAGCACCUCACUAAACUAUCCAGGAAUAAUUAACUUGUAGGUUGCCGGGGCGAGAGGAGGGAAUGAAUGUGAUGUGAGGGCACUGGAUUUUCCCAGGGCUUGAGAUGGGUAAAAAAAAUAAGAAGCAAGAGUGUUAACAUGCAUACAAAGCCUUUUGAGGUGUGAUGGGUCACCAUUCCAACAAAUAACAAGGGUGGUGUUUAAGGCCUUGCAAUUUUUUUUAAGUUGUUGUUUUUUCAUGUUUAUUUGAGUUAGUGUGUGAUCUCCACCCCCCCCAUGCCAUGGAGACUGUGUUUUUGUAUUCCCCAGCCUUUAGCCCAGAAAUGGCUCAAGACAUUUUGUUGCCUGAGGCUCAGGAUAAGAUGGCACCCCUCCCAAUCCCAUGUAAAGAGGUCGAUUGGAUUGGCAGUUGAAUCUUACUUCAGUGUGAGAGAUAGGACAAUGCCCUCAGCCGCUGCAGAGCAGAGCUCAUGGCACAGAGAACAACUAGGUGUGCUUCUUCCACCUCUUCCCUAGCAUCCACAGCCUGAGGCAGCCACAACACUGCCUAGUGGUUGUGCCGGCCCCUGACUUUACCUGGGAUGCGAUGCUUGGGAGACAGGCUAAAUGAGGUGAGGUAGGCCGUUUUUCAGCUUGCCCUCUUCCUAAUGGGCUGAUAUUGCCAGAGAUACUGCAAAAGGAGAAUUCAUUAGCUGGGGAAACAGCUAAUUCUGAACAGCAAAGAGAGUAUAGUUCAUUCAAAAGGGAAACAAAACGUUUCACGUCAGAUAGCGGCAUUUAAAGUUGCUGCUGCAGUUUUUGCCUGCUUUUUACAGUAUGAUGAAACUUGGUGACAAGAAUCCAGCUCAGCUCAAAUAAGGUUUUAUGAGACUGAGAUCAUAAGGAACGGCUACAAUAAACGGCUGGGGAUUUUCACAGGCGGUGCUUGCAGGCACCCGUUUGAACUCUUCACUUUCUGUAAAAUUAGUGAGUCUGCUGAAGUUCAGGGAAAAAAACACACCCCAAACAGGUAAAGCUGCUUAGAGUAGCAUUCUGAAUAGAUCUUUCUUGUCUUAAGAUGCUUAAGUGUUUGACGAGGCUGUUACAGGUGUAUAUAUGCCGGUUUUGCACUUGCGUGGACUACUCAAAGCCAGCUGUUACCAAGCUGACGAUUCUGGAUCCAGCUGAUAGGAGCCUUCCACCACUAAUUUUACUAAGCCAGUUAGGCCCCGCCUUGUCCUGUUUCUGGUGAGAUCCUUCCCACAGCUUGUUUGCCUUGACUUCAGCACCCCCAUGUGGCGUAUUUUUCAUCCAGCAGAGUUUCGUCCUGCAACACCUAGCCGCCCUCUGCGAAUGGAUGUUCAUCAUAAACGUCCUCGUCUUCUACGGCACCUUCACGGCUGAAUUUGGAGCCAUCUCCACCGACACCUUUCUGGUUCUCCUGAAAGCCAGGCGGACUCCCAAAAGCUUCAAAGUGGAUAGCAGCACCCCCAGCAUGUCACAUGUUCACACCCAUUUGGAGAACAUGGCCAUGAUGGGAAGGGACGGCUAGGAAACCGGUUCCUCGCAAGAGCUGGGACGAGCUGUGCUUACCGGGACUUCCAACGAUACCAAAAAAGGGAGAAAAGACAGAAUAUUGCCUUAAGAAUCACCUCUUGUAUUUAUUUUGCCUAUGUGCCACACUAACAGUGCCCUGGGUAUUUUGCUCUGAAGGCAUAGCCACAUUCCAGUAUCACCAGUGGCCUUUAUGGAGCAAGAUUUCUGUAUCCUUGGAUCAAAGACUCUCCUUCCAAUGCGCACAAGAGGAGGGAGAGGAUGAAAAACGGCAAUACUGAGAGGUGUAGGUGGGGUACCUGUUGCCAUUUGAAGAGAGUAAGACAGAUUUCAUUUUGGGUGGCCCAGUGCACCUUUUUGGCACCUGCAGUUGAAGAAAGAUUCCAGAGACCUGGAUUUCAGACCCACAGUGGACAUGGACUUUUUUUUUUAACCUGGGACUUGGAAUCAGAUGUGAGCUGUUCCUAUAAAACGUGCUCCUUUCAUCCAAGAAGUCCUCUUUUAAAGUGGCCUUAAUUUCUUCAGGACCAAAAGUAUUUGUUGCGUGAGUUGUUGCUUUUUGCCAACUUAGUGCAGUUCUGUUUACUCGAGCAAGAGGAUUAGCGGUGAGCAAUAAUUACAAGAGGCUUUAUUUUAUGUUCCUUGAAAAAGUCCCAGCUGAGUUGGUGCCCGAUUGCUUAUCAAAGAAGUCUUGGGCAAGUCCAGAGUGUCCCCGAUUAGAGAUGCAGCGCUUUAGCUCUGGGCCUCAUUACUAAAUCUCACCGGAAGGAUCCUUUGCAGCGCAAGUUGACAGCCCUGGUGGUGCUGUCCCACAUCGGAGAAGUCUUGGGAAACCCAAUUCUUCUGCGUAGCUUCCUUAGAGAUGUCAUCCUCUCCCUCUUCUAGGUGCUAGCAACGGUUGUUGCCCCCAAAGAGCUCAACGGGGACUACCCUCCUGGUUUUCUUCGCUAUGCUCCCCAUCCCUGAAAAUGCAGUUCUAAAACUGUAAGGACUUUGGGAUACUUGCUUUGUUCCCAGCAGAGAGCUGGAAAGUCUGCAGACCUAGGGAGACAAACUGGUGCAUUCCAAGCCGUCACAAAAGUUUGUCAGAUUCUGCGCCCUUAUCUUGUGGAACAAGACAAGACUGUGGUUCACCUAGUGCUUUACUCCAUACCGAAAUGCCUUUAACAUGCUCAGCAGUGUUUUGUUCAGGAAUUUCAGUGUUUCUGAAAUCUGUGUUCUCUCACAGGCUCCUUUUGUACUACUCUUGAUUAUUCAGGCAGGGUUUCUCAGGUCUGUGUCUCAUGUUACUUUGCCCUGUGUACAUUCUAAAGAUUUAUGUGUGGAAUGUGGGACACAAGUCCCAAAGAUGUGUGCCUUAGAAUCUUUGGAGCGCUCAGCUAGACGGCGUUCAAAACUUCCCAGAAGCUGGUUCACAGAACGUGUGCCUGAAACGCACGGCUGAGUUCUUACAUUGUAAGAGCUGUGUGUUUCUGGUCAAUCUGUGCCACACAUUUAAAGCAUAUUCAACAAACGUUGAAAGCACAUAGCUUUCCACAAAGUGCAGUUGUCAAGGCUGCUGGGAACUGCAGCACUGUAAGGGUGAAACUAUAGUUCCCAGCAUUCUUUCGUGGAGACUCAUGUGCUUUAAAUGUGUGUCGAAUGUGCUUUUAAAUAUCUGGCAUGUGUCUGCAGUUAUGUUAUUGCUCCUUCUUCCAAGAUCCUCUUUGUAACAUCAUUGGAAUGCCAUGAAAAGGAGCCACAUGAGAGUUUUAACACCACUGUUCUUGUAACAGACGAAUUGGCCUUGAUUCCUAGGUAAUGAUAAAAGCAAGAUUUUUGGAGCAUUUUUUUGCUUCUGCCUCGCACUCCUCUUUUGAACGAGUAGAUGAAAGUACCAGGCAGAACAGCUUCACUUUCUUACGACAUACUAUCUCGAAACAAGACCAAAGUGCAUAAAUCUCACCAAAUUAUUCCAGUUGCAUCCCUCCCCCCCCUGCCUCCCUGCUCCUGUUAACCUGAUACCCCAUGCUAGCUUUCCUCCAGGAGUGUGAUAUCCUGUCCUACGCAAUGGAUGAGGCCGGGAUCGCUGCUUUGGCGUUGGGAAACGCGUGUGCUAUAGGGAGCGGAGAUGGAGACACUGUGGAAAUUG